AUGUACCACGACCCUGAACAGGAUGACGUAAUUACGAAAACAAUAGAACGUUUAGGGUUGCCUGAACAGAAACGAACAAUAAAAAAACACCACAAGAGAAGGGAUUUUACCCAACCUGGCAGCCUGGUGCCCAGUGCGCAUCCUCAGCAGCGCUCUCAUCAGCCUCACGGAUGCAGCAGCAGCAUCACCGACCUGCUCUGUACCACCAACACCACCAACAAGACCGAAACCAGCACCCAGAGACCGGCACCACCACCACCACCCCCUCAUUACAGCCCACAGGAUCCGCACCCACCGCGUCUUUACACUCCAAAAUGCGCAGGCGGAAAUGAGGCUGAGCUGAAGCGCCCUGAUCUGCUGUUGAGGAAAAGAACAGUAACACCACCACCCAGCGCUCUCUCGUUCCCUCCGUCCUCCACCGUCAUGUCCUCCAUCCCUCCGUCCCGCUGAGUCUCCUCCUCUCCGCCACCAUGAGCCG